AUGGCUUUGAACAAUUGCUCAAGAGUGAAAGAGUUCAUUCUUCUUGGAUUCCCACACACAGGGGGAAUAAAUAUUGCUUUAUUUGCAAUUAUCCUUGUAUUCUAUAUUUUGACCAUUUCAGGAAAUGGUCUCAUUAUUGUGAUUGUGACAGCUGAUCACCAGCUCCAGAAGCCAAUGUAUUUCUUCCUUAGCAAUCUUGCUUGCCUUGGAAUGGGGCACACCACAUCUAUCAUCCCCAAGAUGUUAGCCAGUCUUAUUUCAGAAAACUCCACCAUCUGCUUCCACUGCUGCUUGAUGCAGAUGUUCAGCUUCUUCUACUUUGGGGUGACCGAAUUUUUCAUCCUGACUGCCAUAUCUUUUGAUAGGUACUUAGCUAUCUGCCAGCCUUUACGGUAUACCAUGAUUAUGACUUCCAGUCUCUGCCUUCAGCUUGCAGUGGCUUCCUGGGCUGGGGGAUUUUUCUGUAUAAUUUCCCAAAUGAUGAUGAUGGCAGUGCUUCCCUUCUGUGAUUCUGACACCAUCAACCAUUUCUACUGUGACUCAGGACCCCUAUUGAAAAUUGCAGGUGGGGAAACACAACUGAUUGAGGUUCUCAAUUUUCUGGUGGCUGUGACUGUGGUACUAACUUCUCUGCUCCUGACAGUGAUCUCUUACAUCUUUAUCAUCGUCACCAUUCUCCACAUCCCUUCUACCAGCGGACAGAAGAAGGCCUUCUCCACCUGUACUUCUCAUCUGACUGUGGUCACCAUAUACUACGGAGCUGUCCUUUUCAUCUAUUUGAGACCAAGCCUUACAAAGUCUUCUUUCAGCCACAAUAAAGCCAUCUCUUUGCUGAACACUGUGGUCAUCCCUACGCUAAGCCCGUUCAUAUACACCAUCAGGAACAUGGAAGUUAAAGAGGCAGUACGGAAAGUCUUAAGAAGAAAGGCAGUGACUUCAGAAAAAGGUCUACAAAAGAGGGCAAUGUAG